AUGUUUUUCUUGCAUAUAAAAGAAGAUCUUCUUGCUGGUAACCUUCAGUGUUCGUCAGAGCAUGCAAUUGAACUUAGUGCAUUGCUGGCACAGAUGAAGUUUGGCGAUUAUAACCAGAACACUGCCAAGUACAAUUAUGAAGAACUGUGUGCAAAAGAGCUCACCACUACCAUCCUGGAGAGCAUUAUUACAAAGCACAAGGAGCUGGAAGGUUUAAGUCAAGCUUCUGCUGAAUACCAGGUUCUGCAGAUUGCUACAACCCUGGAGAACUAUGGGGUAGAGUGGCACUCAGUGAGAGAUAGUGAAGGGCAGAAACUCCUUAUUGGUGUUGGACCCGAAGGCAUAUCCAUCUGUAAAGAUGACUUCAGUCUUAUCAACAGGAUUGCUUAUCCUGUUGUUCAAAUGGCAACUCAGUCUGGGAAGAAUGUAUAUCUGACUGUUACCAAGGAGUCUGGUAAUAGUGUAGUUCUCUUGUUCAAGAUGAUCAGUACAAGGGCAGCAAGUGGCCUUUACAGAGCAAUUACGGAGACGCAUGCAUUUUAUAGGUGUGACACUGUUACUAGUGCUGUCAUGAUGCAAUACAGUCGAGACUUAAAGGGCCACCUAGCGUCUCUCUUCCUGAAUGAAAACAUUAAUCUUGGUAAAAAGUAUGUCUUUGACAUUAAAAGAACAUCAAAAGAAGUUUAUGAUCAUGCCAGGCGAGCUCUUUAUAAUGCUGGCAUUGUGGAUCUUGUUUCAAGAAGCGACCAAACCCCACCAAGUUCUCCCCUUAAGUCUUCAGAAAGUAGCAUGAACUGUGACAAUUGUGAGGGUCUUAGCUGCCAGCAAACCAAAGCUCUGCAGGAGAAGUUGCGGAAGCUGAAGGAGUCCAUGCUCUGUAUGCUGUGUUGUGAAGAAGAAAUAAAUUCGACCUUUUGUCCCUGUGGCCAUACAGUAUGCUGCAAGGCCUGCGCUGCCCAGUUACAGUCGUGUCCUGUUUGCAGAUCUCGUGUAGAGCAUGUCCAGCAUGUGUACUUGCCAACCCACACCAGUCUUCUCAAUCUGACUGUGAUAUGAUCUACGUAUACACUUUAAACUAUCGUGUACUUUUUAAACUGCACUACUAAAAAAUGCAACCUUUGAUUGUGAAGAAAGCAGUCACUCUAUCCACGAUCAAAAGCAGAAAUACUGCAUUUUUGAACAUAAGUAUUCAGCAUUUCCAAAAUGGUUUGGGACAUCUUUUGAGAUCAGAAGUGUAAUUGAUUCAUGUUACUUAAAAGGAGAAUGACGUGUAAGUUUGUGGCAUGGUGGCGUUGCCAAAAAGCGAGGCAAACCUGGAGAAAUGUGGUGUACAUGUAUUGACGUACCCAGCGAGAGCAACGCAGCCUUUUGUUUUAGACUCUUCAGAUCAUUAGUAGUACAGUUGCUCCAUUUAUUUUAAUAGUAAGACUAGCUUUUACAAGUAUCAGUUUGUUAUGGCUCAUAGUUUCUGCUUUUAGUAAACUGCUUUAA